AUGGCCCUCCUCCACCCCCGCUACAUCCCCCCCUCAACCGCCAUCAACGCCGCAAAACUCACCACGAAAACCAUCCUGAUCCUCACAUUCCUCGUCCUCCUCUCCGUCAUUCUCGGGGUCUUGACAUGCUACUGCUGCUGCCAACGGCGGAUCUGGCGAUUCCGCGCGCGUCGGAUCGCGCGCAAUACCCAACCCGAGCCAGAAAAUCCGCUCAAACCGAAAGCGAAGAGGGAUUGGCGGUUUUGGGUUAAAAGUGAGAGAAAAAGUCGGGGGUUGGGACCGAGGAUUCAUGGGCGGAAUGCGAGGUUUUAUGCGCCGGGGUUGGGGAGGGAGAGGUUGGUGGUGCACGAGGAGGAGAUGAGGAGGAUUAGGGCGAUGGAAAGAGAGAGGGUGGAUGUUGAAGAGGUGAGGAGGCCGGGGAAGGUUUUUGAGAGGUGGAAGUGGGAGAGGGGUGUUUAG